AGCACCAUCAACUAUCGUCUGUGCUUUACAAUGCCUCGAAACAAAUUUGUGUACUUUUUAUAGUUACAACAUUGUUAGUGAGAUUUGCUUGGUCCAUUCAACUGAUAUUAACACAGCGCAGAUAUCGAUGCAAACAGAUUCAAAAUGGGGAAUAUAUGAACCAGAAAAAGCAUGUCCAAAUGACUGGGACUUAUUUCAAAGCUACUGCUACUACUUUAGUGUGGAUGAGAGCAAUUGGACUGAUUCUAAGUCAUCAUGCCAGAAUCAAGAAAGUAUGCUAGCAGAAGUAGUCUCAACAGAACAGUUAGCCUUUUUGACUACGAAAGCUGGUGAAUAUGGAUCGAAAUUCUAUUUUUUGGGAGGGUCCGACAUUGUGACUGAAGGAGAAUGGAUAUGGACAACCAGUCGAACGAAUUUUACAGUGACAAACUGGACACCCAGCGCACCAAGUGAUGAUAAGGGAAAAGAAAAUUGUCUUGAAAUGCGCAAAGGUGCUGGAUAUCAAUGGAAUGAUGUACAUUGCGACAAGAAUAAGACUUAUAUCUGUCAAAGACCAUUGCUUUAAAAGUGCUAAAAAGGACGUCAUAACAAACAAAGGAGUACAGCAGCAUAUGAUUGCAUCAUUUUAUGAUUACAUUUAUGAUAACAGUUGU